UCAGUGACCUGGCAACACUGAUCGCAAGCCAAAAGCUUCGGUCUACUUCUACUUACGUCAUUAAUCAUAUGUUUUCCGCAUGCGUUUUGAACCAUAAACACCUCAAUAUACGAUGGCAUAUACCUACAUAUACGACUGCAAAGUGCAGCGGCUGCAUAGUCGGAAAGUGGAAGCGGAAUUGUCAGCUACAUUACAAUGAGCUGAAAGAGAACGAGUUGCAGCCAACUACUGAGCGAGGACAAAAAUAAAAAAAAAACGACAAAUCGACAAAUCGAAAUGCAUUAGAAAAUACUGAUAACAAAUUGUGAAUUGAAUUAGUUGCUGGCGCCAUAGAGUACAAAAUUAAAAGUGAUUUAAUAGCGAAAAAUUUACACUUUUGAUAGUGCAACAAACAACAAUUUGCAUGCAAAUGUAUGUAUACUAUACUUGUUGACUUUGUGAAAACAUUUAUUUACUCCCUGACUUUACACACUCAAUACCAAAUAAAAUAUAUGUAUUUGUACACAUAAGCAUGGAUUUAAAAGAUAAUACAACCACCGAAAAGUGCAACUUACCUGUCUAUAAUAUAACUACGAUGCCAAAGAAACCUAAGCGACGGGAUAAAAGUGAUUUGGGACCAGAUUUUUUGGCGCCUGAUGGCGGCUGGGGCUGGGUCGUUUGCAUAGCAGCCGGCCUAAGUAAUCUGGCCAUGUACCCACCACUGCAACAAUAUGGUCUGAUCUAUCGCCAACGUAUGGUAUUCCUGGGAUUCUCAGCCAAAGAGACUACCACAAUAGCGAAUAUAAUGCUGAGUUUGGCAUCUUUAGUAGGCAUUGUGAAUGGUGCCAUGUUUCGUCGCUUCACAUUUCGUCAGGUUGCUAUCACCGGCAGCCUUUUGAUAUUCAGUGGAAUUUUACUAUCCGCAUGGUGUACCACAUUUUGGCAGUAUGUCCUAUGCGUGUCAAUAAUUUAUGGAAUCGGACAGGGACUCAACGUAAGUGCCUUAUCGUUGGCUGUGAAUACUUACUUCAAAAAUCGACGUCGGCGUGCGACGGGCUUUACCUGGACUAUCACCGGUUUGGGGCCCAUCAUAUUUCCACACUUCACCUCACUUAUUCUAAUCUACUAUGGUGGUCAAGGUACAAUCAUGAUUUAUGCAGGCAUCUCAUUGAAUACGCUCGUAUGCGCCAUGACUCUGCAGCCAGUGUUGUGGCACUCUUCAAAGCCGCAGAAUUGCGAUCGAGAUGAGGUAACUGAGUUAUCGACGAGAUCUCUACCCGUCGCUAUUAAUCCCAUAUCGAGUGAAGUGGUGUACGAAUGUAAGUACUGUCAAUAUGUGAAGCGCGGCAGACCUAGUGUGGUUGCGCCACAAUUCCCAUUCGACGAUAGUGACUCCGAUACAUUCAGUUACGAGAUCACGGAACCCGGUACACCGCUGAUGUCACGCGCCAAUGACGGCUGGUUUGGUUCAAAGACAUCGCUAAACAAUUCCAUGCACUCAACACGUUUGAGAAAUAAAAUUGUGCUGCAGUCAGCACUGAGAGCGCCAAUCGCAGAAGCGGAAACGGAUGACGGUGAUGAUGUGGAUAAAGAGCUGAAUCCUGCAAGUACGGAAAGCGCGCAAAAUGAUCUGUACACUGAAGAUUUCCAUUGCACCUGCGCAGAGGAGAAAGCUUUGCUACUAAGUCUUUUCAAGGACAAAUUGGAAAUGGAGCAAGAGCAACUAAAAGCUGUCGAAGUAGACAAGGAGUUAGCGACGCGCAAGUUGAGCUUUAGAGAGAAAGUGGUGAAAUUCUUCGACUUGGAUCUGCUAAAGGAUUUCACUUUUGUCAAUCUAGUUCUCGGCAUGACCGUAAUGAUGUUUGCCGAGAUAAACUUUUCCAUUUUAAUACCCUUCAUUUUGGAUCAGUACGGCUACAGCAAUGAACAAAUCUCCACAGCCAUGUCGAUGCUGGGCGGCAUGGAUAUUUGCGUGCGUUUCUUGGCGCCAUUCGCGCUCGAGAAGGUUAAGCUGAGCAAUCAGGUGCUAUUUGCAUUCGGUAUUAUUGCCAUCUCUCUUGGUCGUAUGCUGAUUACGACGACCGAUUCAUACCGUAUAACACUGGCGCUUUUUGUGUUAAUUGGCUUCGGAAAGGGCUUUCGCACAAUAUUUUCCUCGCUAAUUAUACCCACAUACGUGCCUUUGAAACGGUUGCCGGCUGCCUCUGGCCUACAGCUGGUGUGCAACACAUUAUUUUCACUGUCCUUCGGACCCAUUUUAGGUGUCAUUAGCGAUGCCACCAGUUAUACGAUGACGGUACACUUUCUCAACUUGCUGACUUCCAUUGCUUUGUUGAUUUGGCUAAUCGAGUAUCUGGUGCGCCGCAUGCUUGGAAUAAAGUCAAAAACAACAAUGGAGGGCUAACAGAUUGGUGCAAGGCACUUUUAGUGCCGUUUUCUCAAGUAGCUUUUAAAGUUUGUCUGCUUUUCAAACACAUUUUUCGAAACAACAAAUUUGUAUUUAAAAGGCAGAUAAAUUUUAAAGGCUAAUUGAGAAAACGGCCCUUUAAGUGUUAACUAUGUAUUUGUAAAUUAUUUACUAAUAAAUUGUGUAAUAUAUGUGUCUGUACUUAAUACUAUGCGAACUAAGAGA